AUGACUCAUCCUAACAAUGCCAAGUCUCAACGGAGCUCUAAAAAACGGCUUCGCAAGAAGCAAGCUGUUCUCGUUAAACGCUGUGUCCAGGCCUUGAAUUCUAAUGCUGACAUCUUCCGCUCUAAAAUGUCAAAUGCUGAACCAUCUCAAUCAGCUAAAGCUCAAUCAGAUGGAACGCUAAAGCAUUUCAAGCCUAUUCGAAUAGAAACUGUAGAUCAAUCGACCAUUUCUGAUGCCGUUGACAUGUUGGAGAACAAAUUUACAAUUGAUGAACCCGGCCAAGAAGAAAAGAGGGAAAAAGUAUGA